UGUUGGCUACCCAACAGGGAUUACAGUGAGCACUUACUCGGCACUGUUCACAUGAACCACUAUCGCCUGAAAAAGAAUCCCUUAUUUUGUUAAACUCUCCCAUUGGAUUCGUACGAGUAGCAAUCCUCCACCACUGAUCAAAGCCUACCAUAACUCUUUCCCUAAUUCCCUUUGGCAUCUGUUUCUCCUAGACCCAGAAAUUACCCACUUUCGUAGCCUCUCCCAGGCCGAAGAAAAACCCAAACCCUUUUCCCUUUCGCAGAUCCUUCUGUGUUGAUCUUCUUCUGUGCUCGUUUAGCCUUUUCUUGAAAAUGCAGAGCCCUCAGAGCUGUUAAUCAGUUUUAUGUUGAUGGGUUGGUGUUGAUUUUGGAAAAAAGUUGAGAACUUUAAUCUAAAUUCCUGAAAUGGAUGCUGGAAAGGUUCUAGAAACCCUAGGGGGAGAUUCUGUGGAGUUCAAGAUGGGGGAAAGUCAAAGCUGUCAUGAUGAAACCCUAGAGCAGAUUUCUGUUUUGACUACCUUGAGUGUGGAGUGUACUGGUUCAGAGUUGGCUACAGAGGGUCCAGAGAAGGCUAAUAGGAGUAAUUUUGGUGUGAAUGAUCAAAGUCUAGAAGCUCCGGUAAAGGAGAGUGAGUUUGGAUAUUGGAAUGAUGGUUUUGAAUCAAUGGGAGCAGAGAUUGAUAUGGAAUCCCAUGAGGGGGGAGCGGUUGCGGUGGAAAAUGAGACAGAAGGAGGAGCCUCAUUGGUAUGGGGUACUCAAGAAGUAGGAGUUGUUUCAGAUGGUAAUGGAAUGGAUGGCAGUGGAGUGUCUCUUAUGGAAACGGGCCAUGAUGGUAAUAAAUCUGAUGAACAGGUUGGGGUAGAGGCGAUUAGGAUGGGGGAAAAUGAUCUCGCUGCACGAGUGGAUGGGGGUAUUUCCCAAAGUGGAGAAGAAGUUUCCCGAGAAGGCAUUUCGCUGAUUGUAGAAGUUUUUGGCCCAUUAAGUGGAACCUGCCAACGAGAUUGUGAAACCGAACAUAUGUUGGAAGAGGGUGCUUCUGAGUGCACACCGUCCUCAACAAGAAACAGCCAUGAGGAGAGAGUAGCAAAUCCUGCAGAGGAAAACGCCACUGAUAAUCAAGAACACAACUUCUCUGUAGGUGAUUUGGUGUGGGCUAAAACCAAGACCGAGAUGUGGUGGCCUGGAACGAUAUCUGAUCCUACUGCUGCAUCAAAGGAUGCUGCAAAGUCUGACCAAAGGGACGGCUUUCUUGUUAAAUAUUUUGGGAGCAUUAUUUCAGUUCGGUGCCCUGCCUCACGGUUAAAGCCCUUUAUUGAGUGUUUUGAGCAAAUGUCUCAACAAAACAAAUCCCGAAGUUUUGUUGGAGCAGUAGAUAAGGCGUUGCUUGAGAUUGGUCAGCGUAUAAAACAGGAGAUGUCCUGUUCUUGUUCCCUGAAAGAAACCAAAACAACUAAUGCUACUCCGGUGCAUCCAAUCUCCAAAGAUAUUAAGAGAGGUGGCCUUGGUUUUUUCUCAGCAUCAGUAUUUGAGCCUGAAAAGUUUGCGGAGUCCAUAAGAUACAGAGCUCUGGAUAUUUCUAUGCCAGGUAGCGUUGAGUUUGCAGUUAUGAAGAAUUGUCUAUCAGCCUUUUAUGCUUCUGUCGGGCAUAAGCAAUUGCCCAUGCAUAAGCUCAGGCCAAGAAGCGAUGCCAAUGGUGGUAAUGAUGCAAAGGACGGUGCUCUUCACAGUUUGGGAUUGGAAAGGAAGGAUGAAGAAUUGCCUCUUGGUUGCAACAUGAAUGAGCCGGAAACCAAAAUCUCUGCUGAAAAAGUAAAGAGAAGCCCCAAGGGAAAACAUGAAAAAUCUUUCGAGUUGAGAGAACGGAAGAAGAGCAAGUACUUGUCCUACCCCUAUGUUAAUAGUUGGGACAAGAAGGAUUCAGCUGCUAGUGGAGGAACCGAAACGGAAGAUCCCAAAGGGGAUUCUCAUGCUGGGGUGGACACAAAGAACACCUCCCAGCAGUCUGAGGUGUCCAGACCAUCAGGCAACAGUAGUGGCAAAAACCCUCGGAAAAAAUCCAGGAAAUCCAGAACUUUCAAGAGCAUAUAUGGUAAAGUGGAGAAUAUCGAUACAUCUUCAACUGAAAUGCUCCAAGAACUUCAGUUGACGGCUCUUGAUUGCUUUUAUCCUAGUGAUGAGAGUAAAGAUUCUAGUUCAGUUUUGAAUUUCUUCUAUAGUUUCAGAAAGCACUCAUUUUUAAAUCACGAUUUCACUAGUGAGGAUAACAGUCAGCAGAAGCAGCAGCAAAGUCCACUGCAAAACUCAUCUGAUAUUUGCAAUCAUAAAGAGGGAAUAAUGAAUAAAGAAACUUCGGGUCAUCAGGAAAUUGAUGCUGCUAAGGGCUCAGAAGGAGAUAAGUUACAGUUGGCUCCUUCUAGUGUCGAAUCAAAACGGAGACGCAGGAAGCGGAAGGAACCUUUAAAUCAAACCUGUCCAGAUAACGCAGAAAAGGGGAAAGUCCCCAGAAAGAGAAAGAAGAUGGAAACAGUGAGUCCGGGGCAUCCUGAGAUUAGAGUGAUUGGUGGAUUGCCAGAUUUGAAUGGCAAUAGUAUGAGCCUGUCGGUUGAAAACAUGGAGGUUACAGGCCCAGAUACUUCCAAGGGUAAACUCGAACCGAAGAGGGCCAAAAACAAGGAAGUGUUUGUUUCUGAGGCAUCCACAGAUACAAAGAGCUCUGAAGUGCAGAAUGUAAACAGAAGUACGAAAUUCAUUCCAGUGCUGAAAGAUGUGCAAGUGAUGGGCACAUUCCGCGUGGAAAAUAAUUUGCAGUUCCCAGGCUUGUCAGUUGCUGUGAAGCCUGAACCCAAGAAAAGAAGGAGAAAGGAGAAAGCUUCAGACUUGCAGAAUAGCCCAUCAGCCAUACCAGAUUUGAACGGGAAUGCGACUAACCACAACUCAACAGCAAAGGGUUUGGCCGAUCCAAGUGCUGUUACACUUACACAACAAAAGAUGACUGAAUCUGAUAUCGGUGGUGCUACUGGGAGCACGGGGAACACACUGUUCUUAAAUUUUACUCCCGGACAUCCAUUGCCUUCUAAAGAAUCUCUGAAAGAAGCGUUUAUCGGGUUUGGCCCAGUAGUGGAGCCAGGAGCACAGUUUGUAAGUGGUUCUUGUGCCCAGGUUGUCUUUGCACAGAGUUGUGAUGCAGAAGUGGCAUAUAAGAGUUUAGAAACGAGCAGCCCGUUUGGACCAGCCCUUGCCAGUUACCAUCUGAAUCGUCGUCCAGCUGCUACUAACUCUACUGGAAAAGGUUUGGGUGAUUUAAGUGCUAUUACAUCUCAAGAAAUGCCCCGGCGCAGGAGGAGGAGGAGAACUACACCUAAUGUUGCGAGCACACUCAUCUUGAAUUUCACUCCUGGGCACCCUUUGCCUUCAAAGGAAUCUCUAAACGACAUGUUUACCAAGUUUGGUCCAGUUGUGGCAGAAGCGAAGUUUUCGAGUGAUACCAGUGCCCGGGUUGUCUUUGCAAGGAGUUCUGAUGCAGAAACAGCCUGCCAGAGUUUGGGAAAGAGCAGCCCGUUUGGACCCGCCCUUGCCAGUUGUCAUUUGCAUUGUCGUCCCGAUCCAGCUGCUGAUAACUCUCAAGAAAAGCCCCGGCGCAAGAGGAGGAGAACUACACCUAAUGUUGGCAGAACCACUACGAACACACUCAUCUUGAAUUUCACUCCUGGACACCCUUUGCCUUCAACGGAAUCUCUAAACGACACAUUUAUCAAGUUUGGUCCAGUUGUGGAGGCAGAAACGAAGUUUUCGAGUGAAACAACUGCCCAGAUUGUCUUUGCACAGAGUUCUGAUGCAGAAGUGGCCUGCCAGAGUUUGGGAAAGAGCAGCCCGUUUGGACCCACCGCCCUUGCCAGUUAUCAUUUGCAUUAUCGUCCCGGUCCAGCUGCUGAUAACUUCAAGAUGCCAACAACUGUCCUGCCCAUGGAUGCUUUCAAGUUCCCGAUGCUACCUUCUGGGAAAGCUCCCCUAAAUGGCGAGGCGCCUGAUCUCAUGCACAUCAAGCAGAAUCUGGAGAUGAUGUCUGCCAUGCUGGAGAAGGCGGGUGACAAUAUCUCUCCCGACAUGAAAGCCAAGCUGGAAGGCGAGGUCAAAGGCUUCCUCAAGAAGGUCAGUGCCAUGGUGGGUCCUUCCUCUUCUUCCUCAUAGAACAAUUCUGUUUGUUUGUGCCCAGCUCGUUUAGUGGGCGAAACGGUUCACAGCUCCCAGCUAUUUUACUUGCAUUUCCCGCCUUUGGUCGUGCAUAGUCGGUGCACAUUUUGUGCUGUGUGCAACGUCGGUGCACGUUUUCUGCUUUGUGUAAUUUAAUGUUUGCGCGGGCGUGCGCACAUGAAGUGCUUCAUGGGAGCUGUGUUGUAAUUUGUUGGAAUUGUCUCUCCUUGCUGGAGAGAAAAGAAAAUUUGAAAUUGUUAAUACUUGGUAGUUGGUUAAGGUUUCUUUCCUUUUUUUUUUUUUUUUUUGGAUUCUCAUGGUUAAUAAGGACAAUUUGUGCCUCUUUUACUUCUGUCUUAAUUACAGACUUUCCCUUCUCA